AUGUAUAAUUUUGAUUUACAUCUUUAUAUUAAUAAUGAAUAAGCACCAUAACAUAGAAGAUUAUUGUAGGCAAACAAGAAAGUCAAAAGCAUUUCAAUUCAGAGGAAUUUAAAUUAAGUAAGCUCUGACAUAAGGUGCAUAACUGAUGAAUCACCAUCUAAUUUACAGAAUGUACCUAUUUUGAAUGGAAGUGUGACUGAACGUUAAAUACUUUCUUUGAGAUAUCGUCCUGCAGUGGGACAUAGAUAGAUCUAUUCAGACAAUUAAUUUGAAUAAGGAUAACAAAGAAAAUUUGUUAGACAAAAGCUACCAUCUAUUAAUUAAGGUUAUUCUGUACAUGAGAUCUCACAAAAUAGAAUGUCAGUUGAACCAAGAAUGAGUCCACCAAAAUAUACAGAAAAUAAAAAAAGUAUAACUGAAGUUGAAUCUAAUCAACCCUAAAAAAUAAAUGAUCUUUUAAGUAUCAAAAAGCUAAAUGAUUUAUUGGGUCAUAAGAAGCUACGUCCUGAAAAAGUUAGAUAAGAUUUUCCUUCAGUUCCUGAAAUAUAAGACUUCUCUAAACAAAUGCUACAAAUCUAUAAAAAAAACAAUAUUAACCCUUUGAAAUUGAGAUCUCCUUUGCCUAUGCAAACUUAAAAUAAGAACACCUAACAAAUUGACAUUUUAAUUAAUUUACUGAAAAAAAGAAAUUAAUGA